UCCUCUUCCCGUUUAUCGCUCUCUCCUCGUGCGUUGGCGACACUUCCGGACGUUGCGUCGUUCGUGCGGUUUCAUCCAUCGCUUUUCACUUUACACGUAGAGAUGGUCGGUUGUGGGGACCGCGGCACUUCGAAGAGGAGGGGACCACCGAUCGCGGCUAUCGGUGGAGGUAAGAAGGUUAGGGUGGUGCGGUGUGCUCCUGGUGUUGCCCAAAGUUGUGUCAGCGAUGAUGAUUUUGUGUCACCACCCUUGGCUUUCUUGGCGAGGUUGGAACAAGACCCGGUGUGGAAUGCCGUUGAUGAUGCCGUUGCAGUUCCUGCAUCUUCUGCUGAGGAGUCUAGUGGUGCUGUGUCUUCUGAACAGGAAUUGGAAUUUCCUAGUGUUAAGAUUCGGGCACAAGCUAGUGUUCUUGUUGAUGCGCUCGUGGACCUAUCUAUGCGUCAGAAGGAAGAUAUUAGGAGCUUGGGAUUUGGGUCGUUAUUGGAGUUCAAGGUGUCUGAGUGCCCUCCCCGUUUGUUGCAUUGGCUGUUAACUAAGUUUGAUGGCCGGACGAGGACGUUUGACUUGGGUGGUGGUAGAUCAUUGCCUGUUUAUGAGCGUGAUGUUGAGUUGGUGUUGGGGUUCCCACGUGGUCACACUGAGAUGGUGAAGCGGGAAAGGGUUCAUAUUAGUAACCUGCUGAGACAUUGGAGGGGCUUGUUUGGGAAGGUGAGGCAUACGGUUACUGCGUCGCUUAUUUCGGACAAGUUUUUUGCCGAGGCUGACGGGGGUGAUUGGUUUAAGAGACAUUUCUCUAUGUUGGUGGUUUCCACGUUGGUGUCUUGUAUGUCCAAUGGAUAUGCGAAUCAGAUGUACUUCGAUUGUUUCUAUGAUGUUACGCGCAUCCAUGAGUUGAAUUGGUGCAAGUUUCUUUUGGAUUCCCUAGUGGAGACGCAUGAGACUUGGAGAUCUGGUCGCCAUAAAUGCUUUGUGGGGCCUGCUGAGUUUGUUGCGUUAUUUUAUGUUGAUCGUGUCUUGCCUUUUGAGCGGCCAGUUCCACAUUUGCUGCCUUCAUUUCGGGCAGUGGACAUUUGACCUUAUUUCUGCUAGAGAGACUGAGGAGAUUAGUGCUGGUGGGUUUGGUCGUGGAGAAAUUGAUCCUCCUCCGGUAGAUGUACAAGGUGAUGGUGAUGGUCCUGAAUAUGGUCCUAAGGUAAUGAGUGCUUUUAUUCGUUGUUCUUUGGCGGUGCUAAUACUGGUGGCUUGGAUGCACACUGGGUUUUUUAUUUAAAGUAAUUGUUGGGGGGUGCACACGUCCUAUUAGUAGUUUGCACGCACUCUAUUUUUGCUUUCAGGUCGUUUUCUGUUUGUUUUUCCUGCACACGCUUUUUAGUUUUAUUCUAAGGGGUACUGUUUCCUCUCUUUAAAUUCCAGGUUGCAUGUAGUUGGAUUUCUAAUGUCUUUCUUUUUUUUCUGUCUUUGCACACUUUUGUGGUGGUAUUUUUUUUGUCGCAUUACGUGCGUGCACUUUGAUACUCGGGUGUGUGCGCCCAACAUCGUUGGACCUUGUUUUAGGGUAGAUUGUGUCUGUAA